AACAAUUUGUUAGACCCGAAAAAUACAACAAUCCAAUUCUGUCUAGUUUCCAAUUUAUUUGCUUUUUCUACUAUUUGGGAACAAAUUCUAAACAAAUGGGAUUCGUUUAUUAUCCGCUUUGAUCCUGAAAGCAAUAUGCCUGUCAAAAUCAAGUUUAAAUCAAUUCACUUUGAAUUGAAAAAAUUAACUGGUGAAUUGAGUCAAAGUAACUCAAAUGAUUAUAAUAAUGAUUUGAUCAACACUAACACAAUCAUAAAUAAAACGGGUCUUUUUCGGUCUGAAACGGAAUGGUAUAAUUAUGCCCCAAAACUGGAUUCGAUUAGAUUCGAAUUCGAAACUUCACCUUGGUUUGCAGGAGAAAAAGCCAAACGUAUUGAUGGGCUUAUAUUUUCUUCGUUAUCAACGAAUGAGAAUCAUGUGUUUGGAUUCAAGAUAUCCAUAGAAAUUCAAUUCGAGAAUCAUACGAUGAUCAAAUUUCAAUUGAAUCCGUUAGGAUGUCAGGAAUUCAAUUGCACAGGUUAUGGCGAAUGUUAUGCCGACUAUCGAUUAGGCAAAGCUGCCCGAUGUCGUUGUUAUCGAGGUCAUUUUGGUGAACAUUGUCAACAUCAUGAUCCAUGUUUAAAGGGAAAGUUAUUUUGUCCAAAGUUAUUGAACGAUCCAGUUGAAACAAAUCAGUGUAUUCCGAUCAAUUCAUCUUAUUUUGAAUGCUCAUGUUCAUGGCCAAACGUAAUGGAAUGGUCGAAUCAAGAAAGCUGUCAAACAAGAUGGACCUAUUCAUCAUCGGAACUUAUUUUUGAUAACAAUUUGUCACAGCCAUCCGCCAAAUUUCUGUACAAUGUUACAUCUAUAGCCUCAACGAUUGAGCAAUAUCGAUUUAAUUUCAAAUCAUUGGCCUAUUUUGUAGAGGAUUAUCGAUCACUACGAAAUUCAAUGAAAGAUUCUGAUAAAAUCUAUUUCACGAUGAUGUCUAACAAUUCUUUUUUAGAUUUCACUUUACGAAACAGAAGCAUUUGCUUUGAUAUGCAAUACUUGUCAAGAUCAAGUAUGAAUCAAAUCGGUAUAAAAUUAUCAUCAAAUGAUGACUACUUGUGGACAAACCAACCCAAUUGGAUAUCCGAUAAUUCAUCGUUUUUAUCGCAUACUGAUCAUAUAUGUGCAUAUGAAUGGACUUCACAAAAUAGUAAUCGCGUUGUAGCUUCCUUUUCUGCACAUCUGGGUGAAAACAGCAAAACAAAUGCAAAAAUAGUCGCACUAAUCAUCAAAAAUUUUUCGUUACAAAUUAAUUCGAACGAACAAAAUAAUUAUUAUUUACCCAGUUGGGAUGAACAUAAUGGAAGUCAACGCUUGUGGCCAAUUCGUUUUCCAAGUAGUGUUUGGAAGAAUGAUUCAAACAUGUUCAACUAUAUUGGAAAUAAUAAUUUUCCUGAUUCAAAUCAUCCGAAUUCCAGAAUAUCUUACCUGCUAAGCGAAUGGAUCACGUAUUCAAGCAAAAACCAUUCGAACAUCCCAAAUAAAUUCUAUUUUAAUGUGAAAAAUUUUUCUGAAUUGAUUAGCUGGCAUCCCAUAGUUUUUAAUGAUCGAAUGCAAGAUAUUACAUCAAAAAUAUCCAUCGCGAUCUCAAAUUCUUCGCUUUUAGAGUUUAGACUAGACUCUUUUUAUGACCAGAAACCUAUUCGUAUUGGCAUUAGUAUUGCCGAUAAUCGUAUCGAAAAUGACGAUAAUACAUUACAAAUCAUUCAUUUAGAUAUGGAUGACUAUUGCCGUGAGAAUCGUUGUAAGCAUUCUGCAACUUGUUUGGUUGAUUUUUCUGCAAACAAAAAUGAUUACUAUCACUGUAAAUGCCCUUCUGGAUUCAUUGGAACAUAUUGUCAAUAUGUGAAUUAUUGUGAUAAAUUUAACAUCAAUAAAACUCAAACAAAUCGUCAACUUUGUAAGAAUUUGGAUUUGCAAUGUGUGAAUUAUGAAAAUCACUUUCGCUGUAAUUGUGAACUUCAAGCUUCCAAUCAAUAUUGGAACGAUCAAUUGUCAAGAUGCGUCGAUGUUCCGCAACCAUUUUUCAAACAAUGUCCAGAUAAUCGGAUAUGGUCGAGAGAAUCAGAUAAGUCAUAUAAAUGUCUAUGUGAUAGUCAAAUGGGUUAUAUUGAAGAUUCCACUUCACAAUGCAUCGAACGAGAUGCUUGUUAUGGAAACCGAUGCGGUCCGAAUGGGAGUUGUUCCGUUACUUUCAAAGGUGACGGAAAUUAUACAUGCCUUUGUAAACAAGGAUUCCGACUGGUGUCGAACAAUGUUUAUCAAUGCGAACAGCUUAAUAAAGAAGAGUUUGAAUGUCCAGGCCACCAAGAACCGAUCGAGAUUAAUUCGAUGAAACGUUGUAAUUGUUCAAUCUCGUUGGAUGGUUUACUUUUUCAACAAUCAUCAGAUCGAAAAUUUUGCAACCUAAAACCUAUUUGUGAUAUCGGUGGAAAUGGCCUGGAUAAAUGUCUGCAACAGAAUGCAUUGUGUUUGAUUCAAUGGAGUGAGCAAUACAAAAUACAACACCAGUGUUUAUGCCCACCUGGUCAACGUUUGAUAAAAUAUGGGAAAAGUGAAUCUUGUCAAGACCAAUGUCAAGAUCCAUCAAUAAUGACGUUGUGUGCCAAACAUAACGCCGAAUGUGAUCCAAUAGGCUACACAUUAGACAAUCAUGCUUAUCCCAAACAAAAUGACAACUGGAAACACUUUUGUCGCUGUCCACAUGGAACAAUUAUUUCAAAAGAUGAACAAAAUUGUACAUAUUCUACACAUGUCUAUUCGAUGAAUCUUACGUUCAUGUGGCAAACAUUGGAAGCAUCAGUUCUAUGGACAAACGAUUCGAGGAUAAUCGGCGAUGCAAAUCAAUGGCUCAGACAACAAUACGGAAAUGGCAAUCAAUUCGAGAUUAUAAAAAAACGACUACGACCACUUUUGAGUGAUUUCAAUAUUCAACAAUUAUUUGAAGAUUUUCAUCAAGCCAAUAUUCGUCACAAUUUUCCAUUGAUUAAUAAACAAAUUUCAAGGAUUUUUCCCAAAUCAAUUGAACGUCGAUUGGAAAAAUACAUGACAAAAUAUUUAAAAGGAAAACUAUUUAAAGACGUUAUGAUAAAUUUGUCUAUUGAAAAUUGUACAAAAAUAUCCAUCAACAAUCGGUCUUCCGCUUUGAAUUGUUUUGUGGGUCUCACGAUACAAGAAGAUGAGAUGCAAAAACAGAAUAUAAACACGAUCUUGAUAGACCAGCUUUAUAAUGAUUGCAAUCCUUUCCUUAGUGAAAAUCUUACCCAAUGUUUUAUUGAUUCUUCUUACAGUGACGAAUUAAUCAUUCUUGGAUUAGUAGAAAAAUUAAAUGUUCAAAAGCAAAAUCCCUGUGAUAUCAAUUCGAUCAAAUGUGCACCAUAUCUUGGAACUGUCUGUAAUUCAAAUGCAUCGCAAAUAGAAUGUCAAUGUGUUCAGUUCGAAAAAUAUAGACAACUGAUAAAUGCUACAGGUAAUUUAUACGAGCAAAAUGGAAUGUCCAUUCACAAAUGUCAAUUAAGUAACGAUGUGUGUGCGCAAACCUGUUCACAAGAUGAUAAUUUCUCUGGACAUUGUAAUUGGUCGAAUUCAAUGAGAAAAUUGAUGAUCGAAUGUCAUUGUACAAACAACACAAUUUACGAACAUUAUGAACAAACAUUGGACGUAGAUUAUGGUCGAAAAUUUAAAUUGAUUCGUAUGAAUAGAUGCUUAGAAAAGGAUAACAAGAUGCAUAUAGAGCUGAUUGUCAUCAUCGUUGUUGCUUCUGUUGUCACUUUGGUCGCUAUCAUUAGUCUUUUUCUGUGGUGUCGAUCGACAUUUACGACUCGAUCGCCAAAUUUUUCUGAUAUGAAAUAUUCAUCCGAUAUUAGUACAAACAAUGGAUCUUAUACGCUGAACAGAUCAAAUGAUUUGUCGCGGAACAAUCAAUUAACAACCAUCAACCAUCAAUUGAACCAUCGUCAUGAAUCGAUAGAAAUGCCUAUUAUAAGAACCAAACAAACCGAUCUAAACGAGACCAAUAAUGGACCACCUCGAUUGAAUGUGAUUGCCGAACAAUCGACAUCAUCAUCUUCUUCAUCAGAUGAUGAUAUUGGUAAUACUAUUGUAUUGCAAAAAUCAAAACAAAUUCAUCAUUCCUACACGUCUAUCAAAAAUGGAACCGAUAAUCAACGUGAACAAGUCAUUAAUCAACCAACUAAUCGAAUGAUAUUAACUAAACAUAAUUUGCAGAGAAAAAAAAUUUAA